CACUGACACUAACCGAAAUUUAAAUUUUGUUUGGUUCAACGACAAUUCAACGUAUUCUUUACGAUUUUGAAAUAUUAAUUUGUUUUUUGGUGUAUUUAUUCAGAAAAACAGCACAAUUGCAGUGAUAAGUUUAUUUGUGAAUCGUUUUAUGUGUGUUGUGUCGAGAUGACGUCCGAAAAAGGAUGCCGGAAGGACAAAAAUCAGAAUAUUCAAGUGUUUGUGAGAUUGAGGCCCCUGAACCAGCGGGAGCGGGACCUCAAGUCUCUGGGUGUGGUGGAAGUCCACCACAACAAGGAGGUGGUUGUGCGGUUCACGCAACAAACAAACCUCACCAAGAAGUUCACAUUUGACAGGGCAUUUGCUCCAAAUGCUAGCCAGGUGGAAAUAUACCAGGAGGUGGUCAGCCCUCUCAUUGAGGAGGUGCUGGCGGGAUACAACUGUACAGUGUUUGCUUAUGGGCAGACCGGCACAGGUAAAACCCACACCAUGGUGGGAGAGAAUACUGGCGAUGAGACUACUUGGCAGAAGGACCCACUAGCGGGCAUCAUUCCGCGCGCCCUCAGUCAACUCUUCGACGAGCUGCGCAUCUCUAACACGGAGUAUACCGUCCGCGUGUCGUACCUUGAGUUGUACAAUGAGGAACUCUUUGACCUGUUGUCCACCUCUGAGGACAACUCGAAGCUCAGGAUAUAUGAAGAUGUUACUAGAAAGGGCUCCAAUAUUGUCAAUGGACUUGAGGAGAUUACGGUAUACAACAAAAAAGAAGUAUACAAAAUAAUGGCGCAAGGACAAGAAAGGAAGCGGGUCGCCUCCACACUAAUGAAUGCGCAGUCAAGUAACCAUCCCAAUGGCAAAGAGAACCGUGUUCGCUCGCACACGGUAUUCACAAUCGUAGUGCACAUGAAAGAGAACAGCCCGGAAGGCGAAGAACUAGUUAAGAUCGGGAAACUCAACCUGGUGGACUUGGCCGGCUCGGAGAACAUCAGCAAGGCGGGUUCAGACAACCCGGCCAAGCGGGAGAGAGCGCGCGAGUGCGUCAACAUCAACCAGUCGCUGCUGACCCUGGGCAGGGUCAUCACGGCGCUGGUGGAGCGACAUCCUCAUGUUCCGUACAGGGAAUCGAAACUAACUCGUAUCCUCCAAGAAUCACUUGGUGGUAGAACCAAGACGUCAAUAAUAGCAACAAUAUCGCCGGGCCACAAGGACCUCGAGGAGACCAUGUCGACCCUGGAGUACGCGCACAGAGCCAAGAAUAUACAGAACAAACCAGAGGUGAAUCAGAAGAUGACGAAGAAGGCCAUCCUUAAAGAGUAUGCUGAGGAGAUUGACAGGCUGAAGAGAGACCUGCAAGCUGCUAGGGACAAGAAUGGUGUCUACCUAGCCAGUGACACAUUCGCAGAGAUGACGUUAAAGCAAGAGGAACAGAAAAAAGAGAUACAAGAACUCCUGCUCAAGAAAAGAGCUAUGGAAGAAGAGAGGGACAGAAUGGAGGGAGUGUUUGCAGACCUCAAUCAGAAACUAGAGAUUAGAGACACAGAGCUGAAUGUUACUAAGAAUAACCUGAACACGACUAAAGCGAAACUAGCUAAUACUAAUAAUCUACUCCGCGCCACUCGGCUGCAAUGCGAGGAGCAGCGCGAGUUGGUGCAGCAUCACCAGAAGACGGAGGUGAACCUAGGAGCGCAGGCUCGCGACCUGCUCUCCGUGGCAGAUACCGCCACUACGCAUGUCACGCAUUUACACGACUCGCUUGACAAGCGCAGAUCGUUGGAAUCAAACAACUUGGAGACAACGAAGCUGUAUCAAGAGGAGUCGGCGCAGCAUCGCGAGCAGAUCGCUGAGAAUGUGGAGACCUGUGUGCAAGCCAUCGCCAGCGCUCUAGAAAACAUGGACGCAGUGUUAGAUGAGUACACGACGUCCAGCACGCAGACACAUGACGAAAAUAGACAGAAAUUGGAAACCCUAGCCAAGACCAUCAUGGAAACCAUGGAUGAGAUAAAAUCGUUAUCAACAAGCUCGCAGUCCCGUCUCGUAGAAGACACGUCGUCCCACCGCUCGCGGCUGCAGGCGGCCGUCUCCUCUCACCAGCGCGCCGUCUGCGACGCACUCACCGGACUCAUGCGCAGCGUCGACUCCUGCGUGCAGCGGGCUGAAGAUACUGAUGUCAAGGGAAACGUUGCUAAAUUUGUGCAGCAGUGGUGGUCGGGCGCGGAGGCGCGCGUGCAGUCUCUGCGGCGACUCCACGCGGCGCACGGCCGCCGCCGCCACGCGCGCCGCGCGCGACUCGACUCGCGCCGCACCGCCGCGCUGCACUGCAUACAGCAAAUAGAAACAGAAAAGUCCGAAAUAGAGAGCCGUCUCUCCCGCCAGCUGGUGGAAGACAUCGAAACAGAGAGACGGGCGACGGAACAGAGAUUACAAGACUGGAUGGAAGAGGAGAGAAGACUCCUGGAGGAGAGACUGCAGCGACAUGUUGCGGCGGAGAAGAACGCGCUUGAGGAGAGAUUGAAGAAGAAAGUGGAUGAAGUAGAAGAAGAACGCAAGCUACUAGAAGAGAGGAUGGCGCGGCAUGUUCAGUGGCAGCAAGACCAGCUCGCUGCGAACACGCAAGAGAUGGAGAUCGCUGACAAGGAUCUGGAGGAGUUUGAACAGUACAGCGAGGAGUGUGAUGCCAGCUUUAAUAAAUAUGGCAAACAAUUUGAAGAAGGCGCCAGCGCCAUCAGCACUGACAUGGAGAUCUUCAGCCGCAAUGUGGUGGAAGUGGUGGAGCACAUCAACAACGAGCUGCUCAACGCUCUGAGACAAGCCAGGGAACAGAACAAGAAAGAACUGAAUGACGUCAUGGAGACAGACGCCGAGAACAGCAAACGUCUGACUGACGACGUGGACGCGGUGCUCACUGACGUGGUCAAGUCCACCGAACAGAUAUUGGAGACGGCAGUCGGUAAGAUCGAGAUGAACAACACAUCAACGAUCGAGCGCCUGUCGGAAGUGUCAUCGUCGACAUCAGAGGAGGUCGCGCGCUGGUCCCUCACCCGCGAGCGGCAGCGCGGCGCGGCCGGCGACACGCGCGGCGCCGCGCGACAGCUGCGCGAGCGGCUGCACGGCGCGCUGCAGCGCCUCGCCGACCUGCAGCGGCAGUACCUGGCGAGCCGAUACGCACGCUACGAACCUUCUGGUAAAACACCGUCCCGCAUGGACUACCGCUACCCGCGGACCUUAGUGGCCACCUCGCCACACGACAGGAUCCUCAAACGAUUCAGAGCUAUGCGACAAAACAGUCAAGAUGAUGACGUGAUCCUGGUGGAGAGCGAAUCGAACAGUCGUGCAGCGAGCGACUCGGAGAGCUCCACAGCAGACGAGAGCGCCUUCACGUCACCCUCGCCGCCGGACGCCAAGGAACACGCGCCCAUCGUCAAGUGCACCUCCGAGACUGACAUCUACGCCAUUAAAAAGCAACAAGAUAUGCGAGGUAAAGAGAACCUGGAUCGAACGAUGUCGUACAAGAAACCGUCGAAACUGCCCGCGCCAGCGUCACACAAGAAACCGCUCGUAGAACGGAACGGUACCAUCAACUGACCAUCCACUGGCGGUAGCACGGUCUUCGAAUAACCGACGGUCAGCCAGUAGAGUAUAAAUAACUAUAGAUGAUAGUUGAACAGUAGAUAGAACGCCGUGUUGGUAUAGGAAUUAUGUGACAAAAAUCUUUAUUUCAGAGUGUGAUGGUUUAAAUUCAAAUGCACUUGAAAAGUGUUGUGUUUCGAGCGUUGAUCGCGACAUUACUAACUAUUUCAAUAGUAUUUAUGUAGAAUACAAACCAAACGUUUUCAGGAUUUAUUCAUGAAACUUCAAAAGGUGCAAAUAUUGAGUAAAUGUAAAUGAUAAGGCGUUUCUAAAGGACUUUAUAAGAUGUUUAUAAAAGUAGGAAAAGGCAUGUUCACAGAUUUUUUUAAAUUUAAAAUUAAUAGCAUAAAGUAUUUCAAUAAUAUUUAAAACCAAUGCUUAAUUGAUUUGAAAUAUUUAAAUUUUAUUAUCUACAUUGAUAAUGACUAAGAAGACAUUUUCUCAAAAAUAAUUCAUUCAUAAAGAUGAUUGGCCACUGAUAAAAAAAUAUGUUAUUUAGGAUGUAGAUAGUGAUAGUAUAAUUAAACUGAUUUUUUAUAUUUUAAGGGAUGCAACACCUAUUUUUCUAGCAUAGUAUUAUGAAUUUUUAUAACUUGUUUGUAUAUUUUUAAAAAAUUUGCAUUAUUUUUUAUCUCAUUUGAAAUUCAGAUUUCAAGAUUAGUUCAGAGUGUAUGUUCAUAAAUAAGUAUGAGUAAUCAUCACAUAAAUAAUAGUUAAUUAUAAACUUAUAAUAAUAUUUACUGCCAAAUUUUGGCAUAAUAAUUUAACCUGCACUAAAAUAUUAAGAGAUAUUUGUAUAUGAAAUACAAACCAUUAAAUAUCUCCACACAAUUAGUUUAAAUUGUAACAUUUACUUUUUGUAAUCUAAAUUUGUGUAUUGUAUCCUAAUAAAGCUAAUGUAAUCAUAGAGUGUGUAUAAAAAUAAGAAUGACAAGUGUGUGCUUAGUCUAUUUCUAUACAUUCUAAGGUCUGCUUUCUCCAAUUCAAUUUGGUCAUUAUCAUUCUAAAAGAUGCCAAUAAAAGUCCAAAAACCCCUUUUAAUUCCUUGUACCUUUCCUAUACUGAUAGUGCAUCCAUGAUUCUUCCAUUAUUGUGAUGUUUGUAGUAGAAAUCUCUUAACACCACAUGACGCUAUCUCUGCUUGGUAUUUCCCGGUGCGAAUUAUAAAAAAUUUAAACAUGCCCCAUUUAAGAAAAAAAUUACAACAAAAACUUUAGGUCGCCUAAAAUCUUGACCUUUACACUAGGUAUCAUAAACCUUAAUUAACAAUUUUCGACCUAUUUGACCCUAGAGGUCUAAACUAAUUCGAAUUAUUUUAUAGUUUUAUAAGUUUUGUAUGUUGCAUUAUGUAUUGUUCAUAUUGAUAUGUUAGUUUAAUAAACAUACUUAUAGCACUA